AUGUCAAGGUCGGACCAGCACGGGGAGCCGCCGACAGUGACGGCGGUGGUACGAGGACAGGGGGCGCUGAUCGGGCUGCUGAAGGCGGCCGAAUGCGACAUGGACGAGCGGAUGGAGGAUGGGAGGACAGGGCUGCAUGUAGCAGGGAUGCUGGGGAGGGGGGGGAGCGUGAGGGAGCUGAUAGAGGCAGGAGCAGACGUGGGAGCGAAGGACAAGGCAGGGAGGACGAUGGUGCACUGGGCGGGGGAGUAUGGGCAUGUGGAGGUGCUGAAGACGGUAGAGGAACAAUGCGGGAAAGAGAAGUUGAAAAACAUUAUGGUGGAACCCGACAUGUCUGGAAAAACAUGCGCGCAUGGGGCAAGCCUGGGAGGGCACUUGGAGGUGCUGCGGUAUGUUGUAGAGACAUGCGGGGAGGAGGUGCUGAGACAGAAAGAUGAUGGCUGGACAUGCGCGAAUGCGGCGAGUAGAGGAGGGUUCUUGGAGAUUGUACAGUACCUUGCAGCGACAUGCGGGGAGGAGUUUCUUAGAGAGAAGUCCAAUAACGGCAAGACGUGCGCGCACUAUGCGAGUAGGGGAGGGCACUUGGAGGUACUUCGGUAUUUGGCGGAGAGAUGCGGGGAGGGGCUACUGAGGGAGAAGGACAAUGACGGCAACACCUGUGCACAUGAGGCGAGUAACAGAGGGUACUUGGAGGUGCUCAGGUACUUUGCGGAGAGAUGCGGGGAGGAGCUGCUGAGAGAGAAGGACAAGAACGGCCAGUCCGUGCGCUUGCGUUUAGCUCGUGGCUCAGAUGUCAAAGGAUUACCUUAA